UGGAGUCCAAAAGUCAAAUGAGUUCUCUGCGCAUGCGCGAUACCGAGCCUCGGAGGAAGCGAGAGCUUUGUUUGCGGCUGAUAAAAAUACAGCAAGGAAAAUGUCAGGGUUCCUGGAUGGCAUCAGAUGUGGCGACUGUGAGUGUAAUGUUGACUGGGGAGAGAAGAGGAACACCAUUGCCUCGAUAGCGGCUGGCGUGUUGUUCUUCACAGGGUGGUGGAUCAUAAUUGAUGCUGCAAUUAUGUACCCCAGAGAGGACCAGUUUCACCAUGCUUAUCACACCUGCGGAGUCAUAGCCACAAUAGCAUUUCUUAUGAUCAAUGCAGUGUCCAAUGGACAGGUGAGAGGUGACAGUUACAGCGAAGGCUGCAUGGGACAGACAGGUGCCAGAGUGUGGCUCUUCAUUGGCUUCAUGUUGGCCUUUGGCUCUCUCAUCGCUUCCAUGUGGAUUCUGUUUGGAGGUUUCGUCGUGGCUUCGAAGGAAACGGUGUACCCUGGAAUUGCCGUUUUCUUCCAGAAUGCAUUCAUCUUCUUUGGGGGUCUGGUGUUCAAGUUUGGACGUACAGAGGACCUUUGGCAAUGAAAAGGAACUCUCCCUGACCUGAAAUAAGCCUGGAGUCUGUUGAUGCUUCUCUUUUUUUCUCUUUUCUUUUUUUAACCUGUUAAAUAUACUUGCUCUUCCCAUGUGCAAAUGCCAGUGUUCUUCAGCCAUGUGUCAACAGCUUUAGCUCACUAUUAAACAGUGAUGAGUUUCUGCUGUUCAACACACCAGGACCUGUCAUGUUUUAGAACAUCUUGCUGGAAUUCCAGCAGUUUUUCAAAACAUCUGUAUUGUUUAGCCAUUGAGAUGAAAAGAACGUGAUUCAGAGGGGUUUAAUGUGAAACUGCAUUGUAGUGAAACUUUGAUAGAUGUAUGUAUUUAUUUCGUCGCCGUCCAAAGAAGAACAAGCAUCUCCAAAAUAGUAGCUUUACAGGAGAAGCACUCUUAGCUUUCAAUAUAAGUUAAUAUAAAAAGGCUUUGUUCCAAGUGAUUUUGGAGCAUUUGUAUUGAUCCAGUCAUCAUAACAUUUUUGCAUAAUGUUAAGGACAGAGGGUGUGUUGAAAUGAUGAAGAAAAAUAAAAAUCAACAAAAAUGGA